UCUUGCCCUAUUUCUAUAAAUACGGUUCCUCCAUCCCUUUCCCCUCACCAAUCUCAAAUCAUUCCCACCGACUCUCAGUAAUUUCUAGGGUUUUUAUUUUCAGUCAAUCUUUCUUCAUCAUCAUCAAUGGCUCCCAAAGCAGAGAAGAAGCCAGCAGAGAAAAAGCCAGCUGAGAAGAAACCAGCCGAAGAGAAAGCAGAGAAGGCACCAGCAAAGAAGAAACCCAGAGCAGAGAAGAAGUUGCCAAGCAAAGAUGCUUCUACAGCCGACAAGAAGAAGAAGAAAUCAAAGAAAAGUGUUGAGACUUAUAAGAUUUACAUCUUCAAAGUUUUGAAACAAGUUCAUCCUGACAUCGGUAUCUCCAGUAAGGCUAUGGGGAUUAUGAACAGUUUUAUCAAUGAUAUCUUUGAGAAACUCGCUCAAGAGGCUUCUCGAUUAGCAAGGUACAACAAGAAACCUACGAUUACUUCUCGUGAGAUUCAAACUGCUGUUCGUCUUGUUCUACCCGGUGAACUCGCUAAGCAUGCCGUCUCUGAAGGAACUAAAGCUGUCACUAAGUUUACCAGCACUUAGAUCUCAAAAAAUUAAGGUUUCUAGGGUAAAUUUUGGAAAUAAUCGAUGUUUUGAAAAGUUUAAUUAGGGUUUUAAUGGUUGCAGCAAUGUAAAGAAAGACUAGAUCUACUUUCUGCUACUACUUUUGUUUAAUUUCUCUGAACUUUUAGUAUGAAUGAAGGAAUCUUUACAUUUUCAUAUCUUAA